AUGUUAAGAUUGGAAGAUUACACUAUUCAAAUGGAGGGUCAUGAAAUGAACAAGUUGUUUAAGGUAUGCCUUAUAAUUAUUGUAUCUCUAUCUUAUUGCUAUGUUAUUGGUAAAAUAGUCUCAAAGGGUACCAAAAGACUCGUAUCUAUAAUCCCAAUUCUCAUCCUUUUUCUCUUACUUCCUCUAAAUUUCACCUCAAUCAACUGUGGGGGUAUUUCUGGCUUUUUCAUCUCAUGGCUUGCAAAUUUCAAGCUUUUGCUCUUUGCUUUCGGAAAAGGCCCUUUGGCUCUAGACCCACCAAAGACUUCUCUUGCUCAUUUUAUUGCCUAUACUUGCUUCCCUAUCGAGAUACGAAAUUACCAAAAUACCCUUGACUCCAAAGGCGAAAAUAAAGGCCACCCAUCUCCUAAAACACCCAAACAAGGCCAGAAGUGGGUUAUAAUAUAUGCAAUCAAAGGUUUGAUUUUGGCCAUUUUGGUCACUAGUGUGUUUGGUUACAAGAAUUAUAUGCACCCAAAGGUGAUUUUAUUUCUUUACAGUCUAUACAUAUACCUCAUUCUUGACCUCAUCUUAGCCACCACAACGGCUCUGGCUCGAGCCGUGAAUGGAACAGAGCUCGAGCCACAUUUCAACGAACCAUACCUCUCCAGCUCACUACAAGAUUUCUGGGGCAGGAGGUGGAACCUCAUGGUAAGCCGUGUACUGCGUCCCACAAUAUACAAACCCACGUUGGGCUUCUGGGCCCGCAUAAUUGGGCCCAAAUGGGCUUCUGUACCAGCUAUUAUGGCCACGUUUAUGGUCUCUGGGCUCAUGCACGAGCUCAUAUUCUUCUACUGGUGUCGUGUGUGGCCCACGUGGGAACCCAUGUUGUUUUUCGUCCUACAUGGCACUUGUUUGUCUGUGGAGAUUGUUUUGAAGAAGGCAGUGGGGACCGCCACUAAUGACACGUGGCGAGUGCCCAGGUGGAUUUCUGGACCGUUGACCGUUGGGUUCGUUAUGGAGAGUUGUUUUAGGCUUAUGUUUCCACAUGUUCUUCGUUGUAAGACCGAUUUAAGAUUGCUUGGAGAGUAUGCUGCUAUUGGUGAUUUUUUUAAGAAUAUCUUUACUCACAAACUACCUUUGUUUAGCCAUUAA